CAUGUUAUCCGAGGACGGGAACGGGCGGAGAUGUGGAAUCGCAUUGAGGAAAUGGCGCGCUUGAACCCGCAGUACUCCAUGUUUAAUUCUCCUCCCGCCCUCAGUCUGAUCUGCUCCAUGGAGACAGACACUCCGACCAAUGAGGACAUUCAGAUCCUGAAGAACACCAUGGAGGCGGAGGCUGUGCAGGUCUUGCACACGCCCCCUCAGGAGCAGAAGGUUCUGUGUAAGAGAUCCGAUCUUCCUCAGGACAUCUACACCCUCCGGGCCCUGGAGUCCCACCGGCGGGCAGAAGAAUAUCUAAGCAGCAGCCAGGAGGCCCUCUGACCCCCCGCUGGCC